AUGAAGUCUGCUAUAAAAAGGGGUUGUGCCACUGAAAAACAUUCUGUCAAACGAGAACAUGGCUACGUCAGCAUGAAAUUGAAUGCUAUAUUAGAUGAAAUAUAUUUGGGCUGCAGUGAGGAUAUCUGCAGUGUUGUCUGCAAGACCUUGAAGGGAAUCUGCAGAGCAACAACUCCCAGAUAUGAACUUGACUAUUACAAGGCAGGAGACCAUGUUAUUGGAGGAGUUCUAUCUUUGAAUUAUGCUAUAUUUCCAAUAGAGACCUUCAAAUACUUACCUCUCGAUUUCAACCACUAUAUGUUUGAGUUCGUGAGAAAGAAGUACCAACAUUCCUUAGCUUUCAUUUUUGCAGCUGAUGAGAUCAACAAGAAUCAAUACCUUCUGCCUAAUGUCACCCUGGGCUUCCGCAUCUAUGAUAACUUCUUCCACAGAAGUGUAAACUACGAUAUCACCUUGUCCCUGCUGUCUGAACAGAAACAAGGCUUCCCUAAUUUCAGGUGUGGCAGUCAAUACAAGAUGGCUGCAGUCGUGGGAGGGCUGAGCUCUGAAGCUUCUAUCCAGAUAGCCACCAUCUUAGGCCUCUAUAAAACCCCACAGAUUAGUUAUGGAUCAAAUCACGCAGUGCUGAAGGAUAAAACUCAGUUUCCAUUUUUUUAUCAAAUGGUUCCAAAUGAAGCCUCUAAGUAUGAAGGGAUAGUAACUUUGUUAAGGUAUUUCAGAUGGACAUGGGUUGGCCUCAUGGUUUCAGAUGAUGACAGUGGAGAAGAUAUUGUGCAAACCCUGCAAACAAUGUUCAGGAGAAAUGGCAUCUGUGUUGCUUUCACAGAAAAGGUGCCGCUGGUCCUUAUUCAAGUGAAUGAAUCUGGGAAUCACAUAUCUUCUACUCAAGAUAUCCUGGCAGCUCUUACUGCAACUACAGCCAAUGUGAUUAUUGUAUAUGGGGACACUAGUUCCAUGCAACAUCUAAAAUUAGUGCUAAAUACAUAUGGACAAUUAACAAAGACCUUCCCAGAGAAGGUUUGGAUCACAACAGGUCAGUGGGAUUUGGACACAUCAGUUUCAGUGAAUGAUUGGUAUAUCCAACACUUCCACGGUUCUUUGUCCAUAGCAACACACAAAAAUGAUGUGCCAGGAUUUUCAACUUUUCUCCAGACCUUUAACCCUCGCCAACACCAAGAUUAUCUUUUUCUUCAACAAUUCUGGGGUGAUGCAUUUGAGUGCUUUAUGACCCCAAAUCCCUAUGCAACAAUAACAAAUCCCCAAAACUGUACAGGGGAAGAAAAACUGGAGAGUCUUCCAGACACUGAGUUUUCAAUGAGGAUGUCUGAAGAAAGCUACAGUAUCUACAAUGCAGUCUAUGCUUCAGCACAUGCUUUACAUACCAUGUAUUCGUAUGGAUGGACGAUGCCAGAAAGACCCAAAGUGGGCCUUCAAGGAAUGCAGCCAUGGAAGCUUCACCCAUUUUUGAGAAAAGUCCAUUUCAACAACAGUGCCUGGGAUGAAAUAUUUUUAAAUGAAGAUAUGGAAUUGUCUGUUGGGUAUGACAUUGUUAACUGGGUCAUUUCCCCAAAUAAAUCCUUCACGCAAAUGUUGCCUCAAUCCAUCUGUACUGAGAGAUGCCACCCUGGAUACUAUAGAAGAACUCGGGAGGGGGAAUUGUCUUGCUGUUAUGAUUGCUUCCAGUGUCCAGAAGGGACAUUUUCAAAUGAAACAGAUGCCUAUCAGUGUAAAAAGUGUCCAGAAGAUGAACAUCCCAACAAGAAUCAAGACUGUUGUAUCCCUAAAGCCAUAACUUUUCUGGACUAUGAUGAACCUUUGGGGAUCAGUUUGAUUACCGCCGCACUUGCUUUCUCUCUACUCACAGCUUUGGUGCUUGGAACUUUUAUGAACUAUCAGAACACUCCCGUCGUCAGAGCCAACAAUCGGGAUCUCACCUACCUUCUGUUAAUCUCCCUCUUGCUCUGCUUCCUUUGCUCCUUUUUCUUUAUUGGACGUCCCAGCAGGAUGACCUGCCUCCUUCGACAGACUGCUUUUGGCAAUAUCUUUUCCCUUGCACUUUCUUGUGUCUUGGCCAAAACCAUCACUGUAGUUCUGGCAUUCAUGGCCACAAGUCCUGGAAACAACAUGAGGAAAUGGUUAGGGAAGAGGCUGUCUUAUUACAUUAUACUAUUUUGCUCUAUAAUUCAACUUGUCAUCUGUGUUGCCUGGCUAGGUACAGCUCCCCCAUUCCCAGAUCUUGACAUGUUCUCACAGGCUGGCCAAAUCAUCAUUGAAUGUAACGAAGGCUCCAGCACCAUGUUUUACCUUGUCCUGGGUUACAUGGGCAUUCAGGCCAGUGUCAGCCUCACUGUGGCUUUCCUAGCCAGGAAACUGCCUGACACUUUCAAUGAAGCCAAGUUUAUCACCUUUAGCAUGUUGGUCUUUUGCAGUGUCUGGGUCUCCUUUGUCCCAGCCUAUCUGAGCAGCAAGGGCAAAUACAUGGUGGCUGUGGAGAUCUUCUCCAUUUUGUCCUCCAGCUCUGGGUUGCUCGGUUGCAUUUUUGCCCCUAAAAUGUACAUUAUUAUGCUGAGGCCAGAAGUUAACACAAAAUAUCAUUUCUUUAAGAAAAAGGGCAAAAGGAAGUAAAUUGCAGAGUUAUUUGGAAUGGCACAAGUUCCUUCCUAAGAAUUACAUCAAAAGGAAGCAGCAACAUAUAUGUGAGGAAAGAAUUUUGUUGCCCAGCAAAAAUUU